AUGUCGGCACCACUCUGGCUACAGUUUACUGGUCAACAGCCAAAAAGAAAGCGGGCGGAGCUGGCCUGCAUUGCAUGUCAUAGCAAAAAGAUUCGAUGUGACCUUCAAGCACGAGGGGGUCAGGGAUACAACAAUUGCACAAAAUGUGCAGCUUUGGGUAAAGAAUGCCGAGUACGGCCUUCACGACGGGGUCACUCAUCAAGGACAGCAGAACGUCCAAUUACUCCUCCUGACAGUAAUAUUAGUGACCCAGCCAACUAUACAAGGCCAUACACGCGAUCCAGCAUAAAGCAGAUACUUAUACCAGCGAAUCAAGUACAGCGCGAUUUCACAGCUGAUGCACAAUCGCUCGAAUUUCAACCGUCGCUGUUGCCACAUCACUCCGAAUCACCUGCCUCCCGCAGUCGAGUAUUUGAAGACGAAAUUGAUGGAUGGCUGUCUACAGACCCUCCAAGUCAACCAGUUGCCAGUAUCACCAAUGCAACGGUCCACGUAGCAAUGACGAAUGAUUCGCCUGCGACUCAGCGGACGGAGAGAACCGAGGAUCACUCAGAGCAUAAUGAUAAUUAUCCCGUGGGACACAUCUUUUUACCAGAACUGCAAAGCAAUGCUCGCGAUCAGGAACGAUUACUCGCCGAACGAAUGCCUAAUCUUCCGAGUCUUCCUGAUGCUGCCCUACAGCAGAGCUUCGUGGAAACUUACUUCGAAUCUUGCUAUCCUUGGUGUCCGGUCCUUGACCAUGAACAUCUUUACGAAGACUUGGCUCGAUCCCCACUUUUAGUGAAUGCCCUUGCUGCUGCCGCGAGCAAUGUCAACCCACCGAUGCUACCACAUGAUGGCCCAGCACUAUAUUAUGACCGUGCAAGAUCCCGAUUCUAUGACGAUGAAGAAGCAGAUGUUAUGACAUCGCUGAAGGCCAUUUCUUUAUUUUACUGGUGGAGUCCACGACCACCAACUAUUCUUCAUCGUCAUUCUUCGUGGUGGUGGACAUCAGUUGUGAUUCGUCACUGUCAACAGCUUGGCGUUCAUCGGGAACCAGCCUUGAAUCAUCCACUUCGUCAACAAAUAGAUCUCAGCCUGAGACGCCGAAUCUGGUGGACAGCUUUUGCUCGAGAGCGUUUAACAGCUUUAUGUCAAAACAAACCUUGUGUCAUAGACCCUGAAGAUUGCACCCUAUCCGAACCAACAUUAGAAGACUUUCCAAAUUCGCUGAAUAAAACUAAAGCAGAGGUCUUCAUAUAUUGGGUUCGACUCUGCGCGAUCAUUGGAAGAGUCGCAAAAUAUCUUGCACGUAACUGCACAGCAGCUCCAUUCCCUGUGCAGUUAGCUCGUGAGCUCAUUGACUGGGUGUCAUCCUUACCUGAGCAUCUCAAACUGCCAAUUGGAUCGCAUCGUACUCACUGCUUCAACCGAGAUGUCAAUCAACUUCAUCUACCAUAUCUCGCCGUCAUUAUUAUCAUUCACCUCAAACGCUCAACAUCAUCACAGCCUCUCCCACCAGCCUAUCCGCCUGCAAUCCUCGCGGCAACAUGUAUGGCUCGACUCAUGAAAGAUAUUCUCGCGCGUGGAAACACUCGUUUUCUGAUGCCUAUAUCCGGUUGGUACUGCGGUACGGCUUUCAUUGCCCUACUACAGGCGCGUCGAAUUGAAAGUCUAGCUCAAAUUGUCAAUGAGGAUUUAGAUAUUCUCACUCUGGCUGUAAAUCAGCUAGGUAAAAUGUGGCCCACUGCCGCUGUGUUUUACUCUGGGUUUGAGCGUCUAAGGUCUCAUGCAGUAGCUCUGGGUGGAGAUGGUCAGCGUCCGCCGGGUCCAGAGCUAGGUAUGGGAGAUGGAACAGGGUAUAUGGAGAUGACAGAUGGAAUUGAUUGGACUGCUUAUUUUCCAUUCGCAACCUCGCAGACUAGUGGAAUUGCCAAUAGACUUCUCGUGCCUGAUACAGAGGAAUUGUUCUUUGAUGAUGAUAUCUUCGCGGAUGCCAUGCUUCAGUUUCAGGAUCUAUUUGAACCUUGCGAUACCUUUCAAGAUAUGAAUUUGUUUGUGUAG